AACACGGAGCUGGCGGGAGGAGAAGGGGGAGGAGUCCGCCGUGUUUAAUUCCCCUCGCCCUGCGAGCGCGGCCAAAUAAAACAAAACAUUAAAAACAAAAAAGCGCCCACUUUCAACCUCGCUUCGCCGUCUGCCCCCCCACCCACCCACCCCCGGACCCCGUAAGAGCGCUUUACAGGAUGCCAGGAGGCGACAUGGCCAAACCCUUGCUAAAUCAUCAGAACGAGGACAGUAAUUUAAGCCUGGCCCCAGCUUCUGGGAGCAGGACAAUUGGGAUUUUGGGAAGUGGCGACUUUGCACGCUCCUUGUCCAUGCGCCUGGUGUGCUCAGGUUUCAAAGUGGCGGUCGGAAGCCGGAACCCGAAGCUCAACACCAGCCUCUUUCCUUCUGCAGUUGAAGUAACAUGCCAGGCAGACGCCAUAAAGAAGGCCGAUAUCAUCUUUGUGGCAAUUUUCAGAGAACACUACACCACGCUCUGUGACUACAACAACGAGCUUUCCGGCAAAGUACUGGUGGAUGUUAGCAACAAUGCUGAAAUAAAUCAUCACAAAGAAUCCAAUGCAGAGUAUCUAGCCUCGCUUUUGCCAGCCUGCACUGUGGUCAAAGGAUUUAACGUCAUUUCAGCCUGGACCCUGCAGUCGGGUCCCAGAGAUGGGAACAAACAGGUCUUCAUUUGCUCUGACAACCAAGAAGCCAAACAGGCUGUUGCUGAAAUUGCUCACGCCCUGGGCUUCAAGCCAGUGGACAUGGGUGCCUUGUUCUCAGCUCGGGAAAUAGAGAAUAUCCCCCUGCGUCUCCUCCCUGCCUGGAAGAUCCCUGUCUUCUUGGCCCUGGGCCUCUUCCUCUGCUUCUACACCUACAACUUCAUCCGGCAAGUCUUGCAUCCUUACAUUCGAGAGAAGAAGAACAAAUUCUACAAGAUCCCUGUGGAGAUCGUCAACACCACCUUGCCUUGCGUGGCCUACGUCAUGCUGUCCCUGGUCUACCUUCCCGGAGUGCUCGCGGCCAUCUUUCAGCUGUACCACUGCACAAAGUAUCGGCGUUUCCCUGACUGGCUCGACCAGUGGCUACAACACCGGAAGCAGAUAGGCCUCCUGAGCUUUUUCUGCGCAGCGUUGCAUGCUGCCUACAGUCUGUGCCUACCCAUGCGCCGGUCUCACCGCUAUCUGUUGCUCAACGAGGCGGUCAAGCAGGUGGAGAAGAGAACAGACGCCUGGGUGGAAGAGGAAGUCUGGAGGAUGGAGAUAUACAUCUCUUUUGGCAUCAUGGCUCUGGGCUUGCUCUCGUUACUUGCCAUAACCUCCCUUCCAUCCAUCUCUAACUCACUCAACUGGAGGGAAUUCAGCUUCAUUCAAUCUACCCUUGGUUUCGUUGCUCUGGUGAUCAGCACAUUCCACACCUUGACUUAUGGCUGGACAAGAGCCUUUGAUGAAAACCAGUACAAGUUUUACCUGCCUCCCACUUUCACCCUCACCCUCCUAGUGCCAUGCACCAUAAUCCUAGCGAAGCUCUUUUUCAACUUUCCUUGCAUGAGCCAAAGACUGCAGCGCAUCAGGAGUGGGUGGGAGCGGACCAGGUAUGUCAAGUUCACGUUGCCGAGAGCAUCUGGGGAAUUUUCCAGUGGAGAAAGCAGCAGCACUGUGUGAUGCUGAUGAACCUCUCUUUCCAUUACAAUUGUGAAGAAGCAUUAUGAUUCUGUUUUUAUUGUGUGUUUUUUUUUUAAAGCCUACUUGGGAUCAUUAAAUCGUGGGCAAUAUCUUAUUUCAGGAGAAAGGUAUAGAGUAACAUUAAGAAUACACUGAUAAAAGUUCUAAGUUAUAAAAAGGUUGCCUUAAAAACAUCUGUGCAGAAUUUUCACUUAGACCAUUGAAACAUACAUAAGGAAACAUAAGCAUUCUGCUUAUUCAAUACAGGUAGAACACAACACUAGAAACGUUUUGUUUUUCUGAUAACCAGGUUUUCUUUUCACAAGGCUACAAUCAGACCAACACUCAUGAAUAACAUGUGGACUUCCUUCUGAACAGAUUAGCUGCUUCUACAGGACAUUUAGUUUGCUAAUGUUGUUCACUAAUAGAUUAGCUAAGGAGAUUCUCUAGCAAACAAAAGAUGUUUUAAGUUCUGUGAAACUGAGACUUUCAGUUAUACCCAACCCCUUAUUAAUCAAACAAUGAGAACUAAUUCUCACAAAUAACAAACAUCUAGUUAUUAAAGAAAAUACUUUAAUUCACAGGAGAAGAGGGAAUCGACUGUACUGCCUAGAACAAGGGUCUUCAGACUUGGCAAAUUUAAGUCUUUUGGACCUCAACUCCCAGAAUUCCUGAGUUAACAU